GUGUACACGUUUCGUGUACAUUGGUCAAACAUGUUGUAGACCCAGAUCUGCAGGCUCUAGUAGACCUAUGGCUAGUCUGCUAUGCAGACUCCUUGAAUCAGCUGUGAUACACACACUGCAGAUGUGGGUCUACAGUUGUAGACUAGGUAUACUUUGGUUGUGCAUCAUGCAAGUACAUGGACCUAUCCAUGAUCAUGACGUCAUGAUAUGACAUCCAUCUUGAAUUUUCAGUUGACUGAGCGACGAACUGCUUAUGCUGUUAAAAAUCGGAAGGGGAAUCACCUAUUUUUUUACCAAGCCAGGCCUCAGUCCUCAGAAUAUCACGCAUCGAAUCUGAAGCUGGUGGUUGCUUCUUUUCUCAGUUUUCUGACGUCCAAAAGAAAUGAGAUCAGAGAUAGAUCAAGAUCUGUUAAAGGCAGCUGAAAAUAUUCGUCGUCUGUAAUUUGUGAAGGUGUGCAGCUGUCGAGUGUGUCACAUUUUGUGAAGAGCAUGGCAAGCACAAACAAUCAGUCCAUCUUUGGGAGUCAUGUUGAAACGACGUUGUUUCUGGCUGCAAUACAUCGCUGCAAAAUAUGCAACUUCUACUCAGCAGACAGUGGGGAGAUUGGCGACCAUGUAAAGAACAUCCACAUCAGAGGGACUGGCGAGGAAGGGGAGCAAACCAGAAUUCCUGAAGGGCCUCUCGAGCAACGCAACUCCGAGACACCGUUCAAAACUGUAUUGAAUGAAAUACAGAACUUGCAGUGUUUGAAAUCUUUUCCGAAAGACCAGUUUGUAUUGAAGCAUUUAUCUGGUUCGCAAAGGAGCGAUGACUGUGGCGUGCAGCAACCAACAGCCAUCGAUCAGGAUCAAAGUGCAGAAGAUGUUGGUCGGUCUGAUUCUAAAGUGAAUCUUGGUAAAUUCUACCAGUUUCUGAUUGCUGAAAGCAAAUUAUGCCGAAGGGAACAAUCUCCAAUGGAGACGGCUGAUCAGACAACAGGUGAUGUGAGGCAACAGGUUAUCACACAAGCUUCACCAACAAAAUCUUUAGGUGAUAAGGAAAAGUUGACCAAAGGAAUACCUGACAAAGAGUGUUUGAAGGAAUCAAACACCACUCAUAAAGGAAAGGAGAAUGAUUCUUCUAUUUCAGAAUCUAGCUUGAAAUUUGAUUUCAACAGAGCCUAUUUAUCUAUGCUUGCUGCAGCUAAUGUAAAAAGCAGCAAGGCAAAGGAGAAAAGUAAAGAGAAACGACAAGGUAGGGUAUUAGAUGAGCCAAGUGCUGACAAGACACAGCCAUUAGAUGAAGAUGUCAUCAAGGAAUCGGAUUCUGGAUCCAGCAUGGACCCUACGCAAGAUUUGCCUCAGCCUCAAGGUCAUCAAUCAGAUGCUGCAGCAGUGUCCGAGAUGGAAAAUGUGGGCUGUUCAAGGGAAGCGAAGGACCCUCAGGACAACGAGAGUAUAGACACUAACUUUGAUUCAUUACCUGGAACUUCCACAGAGGAAAACAUGGAAACGUCAUCAUUGGACAAAGAUCAAGGACAGAUGCAGGAAGGGGCCCAACCGACACCCUUGUUGACGCUGGAUGGUUCUAAGCAGUUUGGUGUAGACUUCCAGGCGAUAGCUCAAAGAGCUUCACAGACUAACCCUGAAGCCACUACCAUCACGGUAGUACAGCACACUGGUGGCAAUCGUCCACCAAUGACAAUCCACUUUAAGAAAAGCCAUAAAAGUGAGGCUAUCAUCCCCACUGGAGAAUCCCUAGGGAUUGAAUCUCCUUUCUUGCGCAAGAACUAUGUCGGUUCUAAGAUAUUCGCCUGCAAGGAGUGCCAUGCCCGGUACAAGACGGCAAACGAGCUGGAGCGGCAUGUCGUCAAGAAACACCAGAAGCAAAAGAGCUUCCUCUGUGAGAUUUGUGGCGAUGCUCUUGCAACUCGCGGCGGGAUGAAAAUCCACAUGGAACGCAAGCACACAGAGAUUAAGUUCCAAACGUGCGACAUCUGUGACUACACAACGCGAUCAACCACAAGACUUAAAACUCAUAUCAAGAAGCACAACAAGGAAACAUCAGAGUUCUUAUGUAAGCCAUGCAAGAAGAGUUUUGUCUCUGCAUCUAAGCUUCGCCAGCAUGAGCAGUCACCGAUGCACAAGAACUCUGUAGACCCUAUUAUCUGUGAGCAUUGUGGGUAUGUGACCAAGAAGAGGGAUAACUUCCUGGUUCAUCUUCGGAAGCAUACUGGUGAGAAGCCGUAUAAAUGUAGUCAUUGUGACUACGCCUCUGCUGAUGGAAGCACACUCAAGCGCCAUGUGAUGGCUGUCCACUCUACCAUCCGUCCUUUUCGCUGCUCCCAAUGCCAGUUCUCUUGUGUAGACAAGAAAGGCCUCAGGAUACACAUGCGAAAACAUACAGGUGAGAGACCAUUUACAUGUGAUCUUUGUCCGUAUGCUGCCAAACGAAGUGGCGCCCUCAACAUCCAUCGAAGGACACACUUACAUGAAAAGACAUCUGUAUCCAGUUCUAACGAUGGUUUAACUGCUGAUGGCGCUGCAGAGGUUGCUUCCUACGUUGAUAUCAGCCACGCUCCUUCCGGACAAGUGCCUUCCGUGUCAUCCAUUAUUGUGACUAGAAGCUAUUCAUCUCAGAGGCCUGCUCAGCCUUCAUCUACAACCAGUGCUACCGCCAUACCUCCUGGCCACCAGGGAAUAUCAAACAUUCACUCUUCUGCUGCUCCUGGGCAGAUUUCAACACAGGUCAUCAGUUCCCAAGGAGACCAAUCAGUUAUCAGUUAUCUCUAUGGCAACCUGUGUCACAAUGUCAAGGGUCAAGGUCAAAGUCAAGAACCAUUGAGCAAAGUUUAACAGAACAGUUGCAAUCAAACACAUCUUCAGAAAGCAAAUACAUCUUAAUUUUUAUGCGAUAAGGGCCCUGUUGCAGAAAGAUUUGCGUUUAAAUGCAAGUCAGAGAAUCAAAUGCAAGUCUAAAAUACGCUCUUAUUGGUUGAGAAUCAAGUUGUGAUUGAAUUUUGAAGUUGCACUUGAUUGCAUCUCUUUGGAACCUGAUUUGAUUUUAUUGGAAGCAUUUCAACGCAGUUCUUUCUGCAACGGACGUAUGAUGUAAAUUUUGCGGAGAGGUGCAAUAAUAGUUCAGUGGUCAUAUAUCUACCUGCCAUUACUUCAGGACCUGGGUCCCGUCUUACAAAGAGCUACAAUUGAUGCGAUCAACCUCAACUGUAUGGAAAUCUAUCAAUGUAAUAAUUUUUUCUACAGCCUCAGGGAAUUUACACAAUGUCCUAUGUUAAGAAGAGAAGCAUACAGAAUUGUCAAGAAAACAAUGAAUGUAUGAUGGGGGGACUUAAAGCUAUGCACUUUUUUUUCAAACCAUAAAAACUAUGCCAAUAUUUAAAACUUUAACAGAUUAUAUUUCACUCAUUUGUAAUAAAUAUUCUAAAGAUCCUAAACCAAGAAGAAAAUAUCACAAAACUCACUGAUACGAAAAUCCUGAUGUGUUUUCCGAACACCUCUUGACUUCGCCGCCUGAUUUGGAAGGGGUCCUAGAGCUACGCACUUGAUUUAUCGUGCAAAGAAAAAGUAUUUCCUGUGCCUCAAUUUCUAAAAUUUGUCCGUAUUAUAGGAAUAUAUGAAAUUAAAUUGAAUAUUAUUCCAAAAUUCCAAAAAUUUGUUGGUUUUCUCUGCAUUCAAGGUUUUAUUGCAGCCUCUGGAGAAAAAUUGAAUAGGGAUCGUUCGUCACUCUGCAGUCACAGCUUCACACACAGAGCUAGAGUGCGCAUUUAUUUUGCCAUUGAAAUUGUGUGCGCAAUGGAGUGGUGCAUAGCUUUAGGACCCGCGUAGCUUUAGGACUCCCUACCAUACAACAUAUCUAUGUUUAUAUGUUGACAUUGCUGGCUCUCAAUAGUUGCAGUUGAUCGGAUCAAUUGUAACUCAUUGUAAGACGGGGCCCUGGUUUCAUAACAAAUGUCAUCAAUUGUAAAGUAUUAGAUUCUGUUGUAAGCUACUGAAAUGAUACUCUCUGAUUGGUUGACAGUACUGUCAAUGAAAGCAAGCCUUAUGAAACAUGCCCAAUUCUCAGGUAUUUUUGCCUAAUUUGUUGUUAUACACUGUUACAAAACAUUCACAAUUAUUAUAUGAAAUUGCAUAAUACACACACAUAUAUAUAUAUAUAUAAUUUGUCAUGUGUUGAUUAAUAGAGCAUAUCUAUAUGGUGUUAUAAUUUUUAUUGAUUGAUUGAUUUUAUUUUAUUUCUGCAUUCAAGAUAAAUAUGCAACAUAACAUCUAGGUGAUACAUUUAAGUUUUACAAAACAAUGAAGCAAUUGUCAUAAUAAAGCAAUGAAAAAUGUAUAUCAACAAGAAGCAAUAUUCAAUUAAAAGAAAAUAACA